CUGUCAACCGGAUGCUUACUCUGGCGUGACAGUCACUAUGAAACCCAAGAUAGCGUCGAAGCAAAGACCUUCCCCUUCAGCCGGCAAAUGGAAAGUUCCUCUACAGCUAGAAUAGAAUCCGGAGGUAAAGUGCAGCAAGGAAGGAGUACCUCCGGAGUACGAAAUUUUUUAGCUGGAGGUUUUGGUGGAGUUUGUGGCGUGACAAUAGGACAUCCAUUUGAUACGAUCAAGGUUCGCAUUCAAACAACCCCAUCUCCAAAACCUGGGCAGGAGGCGGUGUUUAAAGGAACACUUGACUGCUUGUUGAAAACAUUACGUAAUGAGUUAAAAGCACAUCUUCAUUUUCAAUCAAACAGGAAUUUCCAAAACUUUACCUCUGGAAUGUUUGGUGGGUUUUGUGCUGCAGCUAUUGUAACUCCUGGUGAUAGGAUUAAGUGUCUUUUACAGAUCCAGCAAAGUUCCGGGGGCGAAAGAAAGUACAAAGGUCCACUGAAUUGUGCCAAACAACUUUACAAGGAAAAAGGAAUAAGGUCUUUGUAUAGGGGAACGUUCGCAACUCUUCUAAGAGAUGUGCCAAGUAUAGGGGUAUACUUCUGCAGCUAUGAAUGGAUUCUUAGCAAACUUACAUUAGAAGGCGAAAGCCGCGAAAAUUUAAACCCACUUAGAAUUUUUAUAGCUGGAGUCACAGCACCUGAAGGAACUUACCCCCGAAGAAUUAGAGAUGCUUUUAGACAAUUAGUAAAGGAAGAAGGAGUUGCGAGUUUAUUCAAAGGAGUAACCCCAGUCUUUCCAGCUUUCCCCGCAAACGCGGGUGAGUAA